AUGGACAACACCACGUGGGUGACCAACAACAUGAAAUGGUUAGAUUUCAUUCUGGUGGGAUUCUUCAGCCAAUCCAAGCACCCAUUUCUGCUUUGUGUGGUCAUUUUUGUGGUUUUCCUGAUGACCUUGUUUGGAAACACCAUCCUGAUCCUUCUGGUAUACUCUCAAGCCCACCUCCGCACCCCCAUGUACUUUUUCAUCAGUCAACUGUCUCUCAUGGACAUGAUGCACAUUUCUGUCACUGUGCCCAAGAUACUGAUGGACCAGGUCAUGGGUGUGAAUAAGAUCUCAGCCCUUGAAUGUGGGAUGCAAAUGUUUCUCUAUCUGUCUCUAGUAGGUUCAGAAUGUUUCCUUCCAGCUGCCAUGGCCUAUGACCAUUAUGUGGCCAUCUGCCAUCCACUGCAUUAUCCUAUUCUCAUGAACCACAAGGUGUGUCUCCUCUUGGUGUCUGGCUGCUGGUUCCUAGGAUCAGUGGAUGGCUUCAUGCUCUCACCUGUCACCAUGACCUUCCCCUUCUGCAUAUCCCAGGAGAUCCAUCAUUUCUUCUGUGAGGUCCCUGCUUUAAUGAAGCUCUCCUGCUCAGACACCUCUCUCUAUUAGAUGCUCAUGUACCUGUGCUGUGUACUCAUGCUCCUCAUCCCAGUGAUAGUCAUUUCAAGCUCCUAUACUUUUAUCCUCCUCACCAUCCACAGGAUGAACUUAGCAGAGGAGUGGAAGAAGGCCUUAAACACUUGUUCUUCCCAUAUGAUGGUGAUCACCCUCUUUUAUGGGACUUCCAUCUACAACUACAUGCUCCCCAGCUCCUACCACACACCUGAGAAGGAUAUGGUUGUAUCUGUAUUUUACACCAUAAUCACUCCUGUUCUAAACCCUUUAAUCUAUAGUAUUAGGAAUAAGGAUGUCACAGGAGCUCUAAAGAAAAUGUUGAGUGUGGGAUCUGUCUUUCAAGAAACUAUCAAGUAG